AUGGGGGUAGUUCAACACAUUCUGACCGCCGACGCCGUGUUCGCCGCAAUUUCAGGCCUCGCCCUAUAUUUGGCGCCGAAUUUCUUUGCCGACUCGCUGUUUCAACGCCAAUCCGACGGCGUUCAUUGGCACCUCUUGCGUUGCGUCGGCGGCCAGAUAUUCGCCUCGUCGCUCGUCUCCUACAGCUUUCGACGAUCAUCGCCGGUCGCGCAAUCCGUGUGCCACUUCAUUCGCAUUAUUCCAUCAGUCCUCCUCCUCGUUUUGAUCUACCAAUGCCAAUCGAUGACGCCUGAUUUGAUUCCGAUAGUGGUCCAACGAUCGCUCAAAUCGCUGAUGUUCGCCACCAUCAUUGUCCACAUCGGAUUGUUGUCGGCGAGCGGCUUUCCGACGGGCGCGCGGCUCAACACCGAGAAUCGCUUCGGCAAUUUUCUAUAUCAGAUCGACGCGUUGGCUUCGAUAUGCAUCGGCGCCGCGUGGCUCACAUUCCCCAAAUGGCUUCUUCAUCGUCAGGUGCUUGUCGAUCUUGAUGAGUCGCAUGAGAUGCUCGGACGCGUCAUGGGCGCCAACUUCAUCGCCUCCUACAUCGUCUCGACGCACGCGUUGUACUGGGACUCGCAAGACGAUCGCUAUAUCGCCGUCGAUGGACGCGUUCUGUGCUGUUUGGCGAUUCUCGGCGCGCAACUCUGGUCGCAGACCUACGAGCACUGGUCGGGAAACCAUUGGAUCGGCAUCUCGUUGUUCUCGACGUGGACGAUCAUCUCGUUGAUCUACCGCUUCUACCUCACCGUCACGCGCGGAACACCGAAAUCGAAGAGGAAUUAA